AGAGUGUCUGACCGCAGCUACAGCGAAAGGCAAUGGCGCACGUGACUUUCAUUGCUCGGAGUAUCGAUGGCCUUAUCCUUGUUGAGACUUGGGAUGACUCCAACAAGGUCUCCAAGCAGGUCAAGGAUCAGGCCAAGGCUCUUUUGCGGAAGUUACACAACAUGCCUCCGAGAUGCUCAGUAGAAGGAGCCGGGGAGUUUGUGUUUCACUACACCAUGGACAAUGGUGUAUGUUACAUGGCUUUGUUUGACAAGAGCUACCCGAAGAACUUGGCGUUUUGCUUUCUUGAGGACAUCCACCAGCUCUUUCAGCAGGAGCUGCAGAGGGAGUUUGGCACAGGAUCUGUAGACUACAGGUCUCAUAUUGAGACCAUUGAGAAACCCUACUUCUUCAUCAAAUUUGAUAGGCAAAUUACAAAGAAAAAUGCAGAGUACCGGGAUCCUAAAUCCUCCAAAGCUUUGAGCAAGCUGAACAACAAUCUCCAGGAAGUCUCCAACAUCAUGAGGCAGAACAUCGACGAGAUUUUGAAGCGCGGCGAGAAUCUCGAGUCUGUUGGGCGCAAGGCCAACAGCAUCAAAGAGGAGUCCAAAAAAUUUCGAAGCAUGACUGGCCAGCUGAGCUUUCAGACCAUGCUGCAGAAGUAUGGAGUCUUUGUGGUCAUAGGGCUCAUGGCAUUCUUGCUGAUUUGCUUUAAGCUUUUCAGGUCGUGAGGCAAAGGUGUCAAAAUGUUCACCUUUGCCGUCAUUUCUAGCUAAUGCGAGGCAUUCUUCAAGUGGCUCUUGGGAGCCUAGAGAUGCGCAAGUAAGCCUUAGCUGAGUAAGCCUGCUUUCCCAAAACCUAUAUAUGUUAUAUAUUUACCACGUGAUACCAUGC